GACGCGCACCCGCUUCCGGGCCCGGUCGCCAUUUCCAUCGGUUGCAGGUUCUCACGGGUUGAAGUCCGCUGGGACAAUGAGCUAUGACUACCAUCAGAACUGGGGCCGCGAUGGCGGGCCCCGCAGCUCCGGCGGGGGUUAUGGAGGAAGCUAUGGAGGGGGCCAUGGAGGAGGCCAUUCGGGGAACCGAGGCUCCGGAGGUGGCGGCGGCGGAGGAGGAGGUGGUCGAGGCGGCCGAGGCCGACAUCCCGGGCACCUGAAAGGCCGCGAAAUCGGCUUGUGGUACGCGAGGAAACAAGGACAGAAAAACAAGGAGGCCGAGAGGCAGGAGAGAGCUGUAGUACAUAUGGAUGAACGUCGAGAAGAGCAGAUCGUGCAGCUGCUACAUUCUGUGCAAGCUAAGAGUGAUAAAGAUUCGGAAGCACAAAUAUCCUGGUUUACUCCUGAAGAUCACGGAUAUGGUACUGAAGCUCCUGCUGAGAAUAGACCAAACUCAGUAAAGAAAAUUGAGGAUCAGGAAAAAAAAUUAAUAAAUCAAGAAAAAAGGCCAUUUAGAAUCAGGGACAAAUAUAUUGACCGCGAUUCUGAAUAUCUUUUGCAAGAAAAUGAACCAGAUGUAACUUUGGACCAACAGUUAUUGGAAGAUUUACAAAAGAAAAAAACUGACCUUCGGUAUAUUGAAAUGCAGCAUUUCAGGGAAAAGCUGCCUUCAUAUGGAAUGCAAAAGGAAUUAGUAAAUAUGAUCAACAACCAUCAGGUAACAGUAAUAAGUGGUGAAACUGGUUGUGGAAAAACCACUCAAGUUACUCAGUUCAUUUUGGAUAACUACAUUGAAAGAGGAAAAGGAUCUGCAUGCAGGAUAGUUUGUACUCAGCCGAGAAGAAUUAGUGCCAUUUCAGUUGCAGAGCGAGUGGCUGCAGAAAGGGCAGAAUCUUGUGGCAAUGGUAAUAGUACGGGAUACCAGAUUCGUCUACAGAGUCGGUUGCCAAGGAAACAAGGUUCUAUCUUAUAUUGUACGACAGGAAUCAUCCUUCAGUGGCUUCAGUCAGACCCGCAUUUGUCCAGUGUUAGUCAUAUCGUGCUUGAUGAAAUCCAUGAGAGAAAUCUACAGUCGGAUGUUUUAAUGACUGUUAUUAAAGAUCUUCUCAGUUAUCGACCUGAUCUGAAGGUAAUACUGAUGAGUGCAACAUUGAAUGCUGAGAAAUUUUCAGAAUACUUUGGAAACUGUCCAAUGAUACACAUACCUGGUUUUACCUUUCCGGUUGUGGAGUAUCUUUUGGAAGAUAUAAUUGAGAAAAUAAGGUAUGUUCCAGAACAAAAAGAACACAGAUCCCAGUUUAAAAGGGGUUUCAUGCAAGGACAUGUAAAUAGACAAGACAAAGAAGAAAAAGAAGCAAUCUAUAAAGAACGCUGGCCAGGUUAUGUGAGAGAACUGCGGAAAAGGUAUUCUGCAAGCACUGUAGAUGUUAUGGAAAUGAUGGAUGAUGAUAAAGUUGAUCUGAAUUUGAUUGCUGCCCUUAUUCGAUAUAUUGUUUUGCAAGAAGAGGAUGGUGCAAUACUGGUCUUUCUACCAGGCUGGGACAAUAUCAGCACUUUACAUGAUCUCUUGAUGUCACAAGUGAUGUUUAAAUCAGAUAGAUUCCUUAUUAUACCUUUACAUUCACUGAUGCCUACAGUUAACCAGACACAGGUUUUUAAAAGAACCCCUCCUGGUGUUCGGAAAAUAGUCAUUGCUACCAAUAUUGCAGAGACCAGCAUUACCAUAGAUGAUGUAGUUUAUGUGAUAGACGGAGGAAAAAUCAAGGAGACACACUUUGACACACAGAACAACAUCAGUACAAUGUCUGCUGAGUGGGUUAGUAAAGCUAAUGCCAAGCAAAGGAAAGGUCGAGCUGGAAGAGUUCAACCUGGUCAUUGCUAUCAUCUGUAUAAUGGUCUUAGAGCCAGCCUUCUAGAUGACUAUCAGCUGCCGGAAAUUUUGAGAACACCUUUGGAAGAACUUUGUUUACAAAUAAAGAUUUUAAGGCUUGGUGGGAUUGCUUACUUUCUGAGUAGGCUAAUGGAUCCACCAUCAGACGAAGCAGUGUCACUCUCCAUAAAUCAUCUGAUGGAACUGAAUGCUCUGGAUAAACAGGAAGAAUUGACACCUCUUGGAGUCCACUUAGCACGAUUACCAGUUGAGCCACACAUUGGGAAAAUGAUUCUUUUCGGAGCUCUGUUCUGUUGCUUAGACCCGGUACUCACCAUUGCUGCUAGUCUCAGCUUCAAAGAUCCUUUUGUGAUUCCAUUGGGAAAAGAAAAAGUUGCAGAUGCAAGAAGAAAGGAAUUGGCAAAGGAUACUAAAAGUGACCACCUGACAGUCGUGAAUGCAUUUGAGGGCUGGGAAGAAGCUAGACAACGUGGUUUCAGAUAUGAAAAAGACUAUUGCUGGGAAUAUUUUCUGUCUUCAAACACACUGCAGAUGCUGCAUAACAUGAAAGGGCAGUUUGCUGAGCAUCUUCUUGGAGCUGGAUUUGUAAGCAGUAGAAAUCCUAAAGAUCCAAAAUCUAAUAUAAAUUCAGAUAAUGAGAAGAUAAUUAAAGCUGUCAUCUGUGCUGGUUUAUAUCCCAAAGUUGCUAAAAUCCGACUAAAUCUGGGUAAAAAAAGAAAAAUGGUAAAGGUUUACACAAAAACCGACGGACUAGUUGCUAUUCAUCCUAAAUCUGUUAAUGUGGAGCAAACGGAGUUUCACUACAACUGGCUUAUCUAUCACCUGAAGAUGAGAACAAGCAGUAUAUACUUGUACGACUGCACAGAAGUCUCCCCAUACUGUCUCUUGUUCUUUGGAGGUGAUAUUUCCAUCCAGAAGGAUAACGAUCAGGAAACUAUUGCUGUUGACGAAUGGAUUAUCUUUCAGUCUCCAGCAAGAAUUGCCCAUCUUGUUAAGGAAUUAAGAAAGGAACUCGAUAUCCUUCUGCAACAGAAGAUUGAAAGUCCCCACCCUGUAGACUGGAAGGACACUAAAUCCAGAGACUGCGCGGUGCUCUCAGCCAUCAUAGACUUGAUCAAAACGCAGGAAAAAGCGACUCCUAGGAACUUGCCUCCACGCUUCCAGGAGGGAUACUACAGCUGACGGCUUUCCUGUGGUGGCCUGAAAACCCAGUUUGACGGCCAUUUUUCCAUCUUGGUUUGCCUUUUGGCUAGAUGCCAAACCCUGGGACAUGCAUUCUCAUGUGUAAGGUAGAAACUUUCAGUAGGUAGUAAAGACUUAAUGUGCAUGAGUUAACAGUGUUAUCUGUAGCUAUUAUAAAUAUGCCAUAAAAAACAAUACAUUCUCUGAUCAUAUGCUCUAUAGUGGUCAUGUCCACAUUUUGAGAGUACUUCUCAUAUAUUUUGAAUGUUGUACCAUUUGAGAAAUGCCUUUGUUCUGUUAUAAAAAAUUGAUCUUUCUACCCAUAAUGCCUGAGUAUAGAACCAGUAAAAAGAAUGGUUAUCCAAAAAGCAGUGUCAAAUCAGAAUUUGACCACAUCUACAUUUUUUAAUGAAACUUCAAUCAGAAGAAAAUUAAUUUGUUGUAAUAAAGCCCAGUAUUUAAUAAAAUGUACAGUGUGUAAAUCUCAGCUAGUUUUUUAGCUUGGUUUCUGCAUCUCCACCUAUCCCUUAGUUUAUUUGAUUUUUGUUUUUAUCUUUUUAGAAUAUAUUUGUGCUCCUUUUACAUCACCCUGUGCAGUGUAAAAUAGCACUUGAGAGCAUGGGUCUGGAGCCUAGUGACUACCUAAGUUCACAUUUUAGCUCUGUCACUUAGAUGUCUUAGGCAAAUUAUUUGGCUUCUCUUUUCCUCCUCUGUAAAAUACAAGUAACAAUUGUGAGGAUUGAAUAUAUUAACAUAUGUAAAGUUGCAUGGACUAGUGUCUGGCAUGUAUUGUGUACUCAACAAAUUGAAAUUAUUACUGGCUUCUGGAAUUUUUUUUUAAUAACAGUCCAUUAUGUUACACUUUUUCCCCCAUGCUCUAAGUGCUGUUUUACCCUCUCAGCCAGUGGAAGCUAGUGUGACACAGACUGUAUGUUUUCAGCCGUCUGUGUUAGAUUUUGACAGAUACUGUUGGUGCUGUACAACAGCCACUUUGUCCCUCUCUUCCUGCUUGCUUGUUCAUGUGUCCCCUCUCUGUGCGGCCUUGUGCUCAGCGAUGUGGACCCUCUUCCCCAAGUGUGAAACGAAUUGUUCUGAGCCAGUCACGCAUGGUCUUACUCCCCUUAAAAGUAGCUGAUGAGGCAUGAAUAUGUGAACCUGUCCUGGCCAGUGGUGGCUGAGAAGAGCUCUGCAAAGGGCCUCUGAGAAAGAUUUUCCUCACUGAUAGAGAAACUUGGAGGAGGAAACGCUGCGCUCCUCCUUUGGACACUGUCUUGUCUGAAUCUGGCACUUGGAGCUGUUGCAGGCAACUGAGGAUCACGAGGUUGGCCCAGUGAGCAGGUCUGAGAAAAGCUGUACAAGUUGUAGUCCUCGGACAACUGCA